ACUAAAACGCUAGUUUGGCCAGUGUGUGAAAUAAAUGAAUAAAUACAUGAAUUAAUUAAAAUUAAUAAAGUAGAAUACAGUAACAUUUUACUAGACGGAUCUAAGUCUCGUUUUACCCCGCGAUAGCGACGUGAGAUGUGACGUCAUUGUGAUGUUCAGCAUGGACGUGCAAACAAACAGCGGCGCCUCUGCGCGAGCAGAAAGAAAAGAGCGAGAAAAGGCGAAAAUAAUCCAGAGAGAGAAACAACGACAGACCGUGAAGACGAUCUCCCAGAUCCUCCAGAAGUGUGAUGGAGAGCGGACGCAGGAGGAGCGGUCGCUGCUGCAGGCGCACCAGGACACGGUUCAGGAGCUGAGCAGACGACAGAGCCGCAGACACCUGCUGAAGAGAAAACUAGAGGAGGUCUUUGACGAGGCUGAGAACUUGAAGACUAAAGUGAAGCAGCUGGCGGAGGCAGUCCAGCAGGCCAAGCACGUGGUCAUCUACACCGGAGCCGGAAUCAGUACUGCUGCCUCCAUCCCAGACUAUCGGGGACCAAAUGGGGUGUGGACUCAGCUGCAGAAGGGCCAUUCUGUGAGUACAUCAGAUCUGAGUCGAGCUGAGCCCACCCUCACACACAUGUGCAUCUGGAUGCUACACAAAUUUAAGAUGGUUCAGCAUGUGGUCUCACAGAACUGUGACGGUCUUCACCUGCGCAGCGGUCUGCCCAGACACGCCCUCUCUGAACUCCAUGGAAACAUGUUCAUUGAGGUGUGUGCUUCCUGCUCUCCAGCACGAGAGUUUAUCCGUUUGUUUGACGUGACCGAGCGUACGGCUCUGCACAGACACGGGACUGGCCGGCUGUGUCCUCAUUGCAGAGCAGAGCUCAGAGACACCAUAGUGCAUUUCGGUGAACGUGGCACUCUGGAGCAACCGCUCAACUGGAAGGGGGCAGCGGAGGCCGCACAGCAGGCUGACGUGAUCCUCUGUUUGGGCUCUAGUUUGAAGGUGUUAAAAAAAUACUCUUGCUUGUGGUGCAUGAAUAGACCAGCCAACAGAAGACCAAAGCUGUACAUUGUAAAUCUUCAGUGGACACCAAAAGAUAACUUGGCUACUCUGAAAAUUCAUGGAAAGUGUGAUGCUGUGAUGGCUCUUCUCAUGGAAGAGCUGGGUUUGGAAAUUCCAGUUUACAACAGAUCACAAGACCCCAUCUUCAGCUUGGCUAAACCACUCUGUCCACAAGAGCAGAAGAGUCACACUCGUAAAGAGAUAGUGCCACCUGCUGCUCUGGAGGACGUUUCGCAAGAGGUGCAGGCUCAAGGCGAAGGUACAGCAGUUCAAGGUGGCUGGUUUGGAAGAGGUUACUCCAAAGCAAGAAGGAAAAAGAAGACUUUGUAGUUUCUAAAGCAUGACAUGCUACACAGCUGCUCAGAUGGCCAUUUUGGCUUGGCUUGGAAGUAUCACACUCGCUGCUUGAAGAAAUGUUGCUGAUUGGCUAUUUCUGAUGAAUAUGUGUGAUGUUAUAACCUCAUGGGUUAUAGAUAACUGCUUUUCUUAAAACAUAACUAUAUGUCUCUGAAAAUAACUAGUAAGACCUCUCCAAUAGAGCAAAGAAAAUGUUUACUUGUGAGCAGUUUGGCUGGUCUACAUGAUGGUAUGGUUUUGACAAGUGCACUUUACUUCCAAUCUCAGGUUUAUAGAAUAAGCAAUAUAUGAUUCUCAUGACAGCAGUUUUAUGAGAGAGACCUCCAUUUGUUGCAGGUUUUUUAUUUAUUUAUUAAAAUAUAAUUUACUCACCCAUGUUGUUUAAAACCCUGUGUAACACACACACACACACACACACACACACACACACAAAUGUAGUUUUGCAUUUUGAGCUCUAAAAAAGCACCAUAAAAGUUGUCCAUACAAUUUGUGUGUUCUGUUCCAAGUCUUCUGAAGCUGUACAGUUGCUUUGUGUGACAGCAUCUUGUUUCAAGGGAGACAUUUAGGAACAUGUGGAUGAGAAAAUGAUCAUUUUUAUUUUUGAGUGAAAUUUAUAGAAAUAUAGCUGUUUACUUAAAGUCAGUAUUACUGGAUUUAGUAAAAAUGAAUGCUUUAUUUCAGUCCACUAUUAAAAUAAUUAAUUAGACAUACCGGUCCUCAACCAAGUAAGAGUAGGUGUAUAUUUUAAUUAAAUUAAAUGUUUAUAUUGACCUUUGACAAAUGGUGCUAUAGCUGAUUAGAACCAGAAUUGUAGCCUUUUGUGUAGGACUUUAUCUAUACAUACGAGGAAUAAAACCUCAUGUGUGGACUUUGUUACUAUAAUUGUAAUAACCUGAACUGAAAUAAAUGUUUGCACAGACGAGUAACUAGUAUUAAACUGUAUGAGUUGGAUGUUGUUUGAAAACAAAACUGCUGCAAGUGCCAUUACUUCUUUGAUUUUGUUUCGAUUACUAUGUUUUGUCCUAGUUUACAUUUUAUUUCAGAUGUUUGGAUUUCUACAUACUACUGUAAAGAAAACUUGUGGAUUUUUAUGAUAUACUUGUACUGAAAAUAGAAAAUGGACCGUUAUAAAUUCUGCCACAAUAAAUUGUCUUCUCUUCUUGUAA